GAUUUUGAAUCCUUUUUCUCUGCUAAAGAAGAAAAUAUUAUUUAUUCAUUCCUGGGUCUUGCUCCUCCUCCAGGCACAAAGGAGACUGAAAAGUCUGAUGCCACGGAUGGAACUGAGGCACAAACAGAAGACAAGGCAGACGAAGGGGCUCAUGAAGAGGCUCAGUCUGCUCAGUCAGAAUCAGAAGAUCAACAGGAAAGCAAGGAAGAACAUGCAACAACAGGGGAGGAAGAAGUAAAGCAGGAAGAGGGAGAAGAA